UAUGUGAACUGGCGGUUCCUGAGGGGCAUCGAGGCUCAGUUCCUGGCCCUGCAGAAAGGCUUUAAUGAGGUCAUCCCACAGCACCUACUCAAGGCGUUUGAUGAGAAAGAGUUGGAGCUUAUUGUGUGUGGACUCGGGAAGAUCGACAUCAACGACUGGAAGUCAAACACCCGUCUGAAGCACUGCACGCCUGAAAGUAACAUCGUGAAGUGGUUCUGGCAGGCCGUGGAGUCGUAUGAUGAGGAGAGGAGAGCCAGACUGCUGCAGUUUGUCACCGGCUCCUCCAGAGUCCCACUGCAAGGAUUCAAAGCCCUGCAAGGUGCUGCUGGACCACGUCUCUUCACCAUCCAUCAGAUCGAUGCCAGCACCAACAACCUGCCCAAAGCGCACACUUG